CCCGCCGGCGGGAGGCGGGCGGAGGAAGGAGCAGGUCUAUCCACGUGGGGCAGUGGUUGAGCGCGGCCCGGCGGCGCCAUGAAGCGGCCCAAGCUGAGGAAGGCGAGCAAGAGGCUGACGUGCCACAAGCGCUACAAGAUCCAGAAGAAGAUCAGAGAACACCACCGAAAAGUCAGGAAGGAGGCCAAGAAACGUGGACGCAAAAAGCCUAAGAAAGAUCCUGGUGUUCCUAGUGCUGCACCAUUUAAAGAACAGCUUCUACGGGAAGCAGAGCAAAGAAAACAGAGGCUUGAAGAACUAAAACAAAAGCAGAAGCUCAACAGACAGAAAGAACAUGAAAAGAAGAGGAAGCUUGAAGCUAAAAAGAAUGCCAAAAUUAAGGAAAAAGCAGAAGGAAAGGAAUCCUCUGUAAAAUCUAAAGCAAAGGCUAACAAAUGGCUGGAUAAAAAUUCAAAGGAGUCAUUCUGCAGCGAGCUCAGGAAGGUGAUUGAGGCCUCAGAUGUGGUUCUAGAGGUUUUAGAUGCAAGAGAUCCAAUGGGCUGCCGGUGUCCUCAACUGGAGGAAUCUGUAACUUGCUCUGGAGGAGGCAAAAAGCUAGUGUUGGUUCUGAACAAAAUUGACCUAGUGCCAAAGGAGAACUUAGAGAAAUGGUUGAAUUAUUUGAAGAAGGAGUUUCCAACAGUUGCUUUUAAAUCAGCAACACUGAUGAAAGACAAGACUCUGCAGGAGCAGUCCACAAAGAGACGUGCACGUGUUGAUGUAUCGAGAACCAGUGAAUGUCUUGGAACCAAAUGCCUUUUGAAACUUCUGCAAGAGUAUGGCAAGACUCAAAACAAAGCCAUUCAGGUUGGGGUUGUAGGUUUCCCUAAUGUGGGAAAGAGCAGCAUAAUCAACAGCCUUAAAGGAGUUCGUGCUUGCAACGUUGGUUUAACAAGAGGUGUUACCAAGUCCAUGCAAAUCGUGCACAUUGAUAAACAGACAAAGAUGUUGGACAGUCCAAGUAUAAUUGCAGAUCCCUCCAACAGUGCCCUGGCUCUGGCCUUGAGAAGUAUCAUAGACACCGAAGAAUCAGACUUAGCAGAUCUGCUUGAAGGAAUAUGUGCAAUUCUAAGUCACUGCAAUAAACAGCAGGUUAUUAUGUGCUAUAGUAUCCCAGAUUUUGAGAACCCUGAAGAGUUUUUAGCUUUACUGGCUCAGAAAAGGGGUAUGUUGAAAAAGGGAGGUGUUCCUGACAUAGAGAAUAUCACUAAAGUACUUCUUUGUGACUGGACAGGAGCUAAAAUAAGCUACUACUCACAACCUCCAGAAUCUCAGACACUGCCACCAUAUCUUACAGAAGACAAAAUAGCUGAAAUGCAAGAAUGCUUUAAUUUUAAGAACCUAGAAGAAGAAAACAACAACACUGUUCAAGCUUUAAAAUGUCCCAGUCCAGCAAACAGCAUAAUUUUUCAGUCAGCUGGUAUGGCAAAUGGGACAAUAGUGAUAGAGGAAGCAUCAGAGUGGGAAAACUUGGAAACAAGCAAGGAAGAGGAGGAAGAGGAAGAAGAGGAGGAUUUCACAGAAAAUGAUGAUGAUCCAAACAAUUUGGAAGAAGAAUUGGCUGUCGAAGAGAAAAGCAAAGUUCAGAUCACCAGGAAAACAAAGCUUGGAAAACAAACAAGUCCUACAAAUUCAGAAAGGCAAAUAGCAGAAAGCGAACAUUCCAAUUCACUGUUGCUCAACUUGGAUAAGACAGCAGAUGAAAAUGAUGCCUACGAUUUUAAUACGGACUAUGUGUAAAGGAUUGUGUACAAAGACACUGUUUGGAGACUCAUUAUUGGCUUUCAGACCAGUCGAGUACUUGUGUGGUGGCAGAAGUUCGAGGAAUACUGCAUAAUAGAGCUGCUGCAAAGAUUCACAAAUAUUGCUGUGUCCAAUAAUGUAUAUAAUAG